UGGCGAUAAGACCAUUGCCACUGAGGCUAUCACCAUUGUUUCUCUCUCUAGGAGGUAGUGUCAAAGGCCUCUCUCUCCUCACAAUCUCUAGUGAGAGAAAAGCGCACAUAUUCAUUCCCCUUGUUCCUCUCCGAGAGAGAGAGAGAUCACAGGAAAAGCAUUUUCUGAGAGCAUACUCCACCUUCUUGCAUGGCCGCCAGUUCCCCUUUGCAGAGGAGUUUCACCCAGAUCUGCAGAUCCGUUAUUCCUCUCAGGAGGGCGAUCCACACCCCGGUGUACGAUAAGAACUUGGACGAUCAUGUGCUCCCUUCCACUGUGCCCGAUGAGGUGAUCGCGCCUGAGUCUGACAAAUACUGGUCCCCACAUCCCUCCACUGGCGUUUUUAGCCCCAUUCCCAAGGAGGUGGCCGCUACUGCCUCCUCCUCCUCUACCUCCACUCCUGACUCGGUGCUCCACCAACAGGCAUGGUUCCGACCCCUCGAGGAUGUUGACAACAACCACCAUUUGGAGACUCCUUCGACCUAAACACCAAAUCAGCGUAACGCCAUCGCAUAAUAAUACCCUUCGUUUCUACAAGUUUGUGUUCGCUAUACAUACUGCAUGUUAGUGUAGGAUUUACCAUGUACUACAGUUUCUAUACUGUUAGUGCUUUGAUUUAGAGGUUUAGUUGCUCUGGGAUUGGUGCUUUCUGUUCUAAUGUACUGCUUAUGCUGUACAGCAGUUGAACUUUGUGUGCUAUGUACCUCCUAUUCGACUUAUUGCAAUGUAUUGGUAUUUUGUGAUGUUA